CCCAGCACUGGGAAACAUCCAUACACGGCCACUUUAGUUAAUUCAAGUCACCUUUAGCACAUAUCUUUGGACUGUGGGGGAAACAGAAGCACCCGGAAGACACCCACACAAACACAGGGAGAACAUGCAAACUCCACACAGAUAUGCCAACUGACUUAGCCGGGACUCGGACCAGCUUUCUGGUUGUGAGGUAACCACUGAGCCACCGUGUCGCCAACUUCUUUCAAAACCUUUAAGAAAUUGUAACAAUUCCAAACUUCUGAAGAGCAGUGUGACUCACUUGUUUUUGCGAUAAGUCAAAAGUGAAUGUCUAGACGUCUCAAACAUGACAAUAUGCAGCACUGAAGGUAAAGUGUCCCAUCUGUCACCUGUCUAACGGAGAGGCAGAGACGAGGAUAAUCAUCCCCUGACCAAGACGUUUUAAACUCCAGCAGGGAAGCAGGGAGGAGGAUAAGGAUUGUACUUUCAGUUUAAGAAGAUUAACCGAGUAGAAGAGCUCGCUCUCCAUCUGCAGUUUGCCUCGCACAUCCAGUGAUGUUAUAAUGACUAAAUCAUUGUUAUCUUGAUGUAAAUCCUGCAUCGAUGACCCUAUUGACAAUAAUGAUUUCGUGGAGAAGAACAAUUGAUGGAUUAGCCUGGCCUGGAUAAGUGCUGAAUUGGCUUCGUGGAUGUUGAAACGCUUAACUAGGGGAAAUGAAGACGCGACCCACAGGAAACACCUCCAAUGCUGACUGGAUGGGCUCCCUGUGCCCUGCCCUCACGUCAAUGCCCCUCAAACACCUGGCGGUUCCUGGCUCUCAUGAUUCCUUUAGUUUUUGGGUGGACGAACAAGCUCCAGUUGGUCCAGACCAGAAAGCGUAUGUCAAACACCUGGCUGCGAUAUUCCGUUUUCUGGCCAAGAAGGUGAUGAAGAAGUGGUCCAUGACCCAGAACCUGACCUUCAGGGAACAGCUUGAGGGAGGCAUUCGCUAUUUCGACCUGCGGGUGUCCUCUAAACCAGGAGAAGCAGGCCACGAGAUAUACUUCAUACACGGCCUGUUUGGACACAAAGUACGCGACGGCCUUAAUGACAUAAACAAUUUUCUCAACAUACACAAGAAAGAGGUUGUUUUUUUAGACUUCAAUCAUCAUUAUGCAAUGGGAGAGGAACACCAUCGUUACCUAAUCAAGAUGUUGCAGGACGUGUUCGGUCACAAGCUCUGCAGGAUCGAUGUGGUGGAGGAGAUCACUCUGAAUUAUCUGUGGGAAAAUAGAUACCAGGUACUGGUGUUCUACCAUCAUCCGUCUGCUGAGGGCUGUCCUGUGAUGUGGCCUGGUAGUAAAAUUCCUGCACCGUGGGCCAAUACUACAGACACCACCAAACUCAUCCAGUUCCUGGAGACCACGCUGGGUGAAAGAGCCAAAUACGGCAGCUUUCAUGUGUCGCAGGCUAUUCUAACCCCACGUGUCAAAACCAUCGCCAGGGGCCUGGUACAGGGUCUGAGGAACUACCUGGUGGAGAGGAACCUUCCGACCAUAAUGACAUGGGUUGAAGCACAGAAGCCUGGCAAAGAUGGAGUCAAUAUCAUUACGUCAGACUUUGUAGAACUUGUGGACUUUGCAAACACCGUCAUCAAGUUAAACACCCUCCUCAUUAAGGAUCGGGAUACCAAAUGACCAUUUUGGAGACCACCACGAAAAACUAAAGGCAUGCUUACCAUGAAUCACAUGGAAUUACAUAUGAGCUCAACACUUUUAUAUUUAAGUGCCAUCAGCCUUUGGAACUUAGAAGUUUCUUUAUUUAUACACAGGUUUUCACCUACAUUGUGUAUUUGUUUAUAGUUUUAGCAGAUUUGAAUAAAUAUUUUGAAAACA